UCGACGACCGACUCCCAAUUCGACCCAUCUGAGCCGACAAUUCCCCCCCCACCUUUUUUUUUCCCCAAACGACGAUCAGCGCAAUGGGCUGGUUCGACGGCUGGUUCGGCGGUUCCGAUAAUAGCAGCUCCGAUCCGCUGCGGCGGCUGGACCCGAAGCUGCGCGAGUUUCUCGAGAGGGAGUCGCCCGUCAAGUACAACGCCCCGCCAACCUCCAAGACAGCAGCUGCCCCUCCCCAGCAAGCACAGCAGCAGCCACCAGACCAAGCCGCCCAGCCACCCACCACCACCGCAACCACCAAUGCAACCACCAAUGCCUCCGACUCUGCCGUAGAACAACAAGAACAGCCCCGCGUCCCGCCCCAGUCGCUCUUCCCGGACGGCCGGUACGCGCACCUCUGGAAGACGUACCGGCCGCUGGCCGAGAUCGAGGCGGAGACCAAGUCGGACAACGAGAAGCUGACGGACGUGAUCGAGGCGUUCAAGGAGCGGCGGGGCCUGAUCGGGCGGGCGGCGCUGGAGAACUGCGCCGAGGAGCAGGUCGAGUGGUCGCGGUGCAUGAAGUCGGGCAGCUGGCGGGCGCGCAUGACCAUGUGCCGCGACGAGGUGCACAAGUUCGAGCGCUGCUACAACGCCCAGAGCCGCCUGCUCAAGGCCCUCGGCUACCUGAGCGUCCAGGGCCGCAGCCCGGAGGUGGACGAGGACAUCCAGAUGCGCGCCGACGAGCUCUACCACCGCAUGCUCGACCAGGAGCGCGAGGCCGAGAAGGCGAGGGCCGAGGGUCGCGAGGUGCCCGCUUUCAAGCCGCUCUUUGACGACGACGACGACAACAACAACAGCAACAGCAACAGCAACAACAACAACGGCGGCCGCAGGGGGGAUACCGCCGCCGCCGGGGCCCCCUCCUCCGAGGCCGCGAAAGUGCCCGAGCCCAGCGCCGCAACCCUGGCUUCGUGGAAGGAGAAGCUCGAGAAGCUGCCGCCCGAGGAGCGCGAGGCCGAGGAGAAGGCGCUCCGGGCGGAGCACCGGGCCAAGGCCGAGAUGGCGAUGCAGAUCCAGAAGCUGUGGGAGGAGCAGGCCAAGGAGAGGGAAGCUCGCAAGGCCGAGGGGAAGGAGACCAUCAUGGACAAGUUCGCGUCACUGGCGGCGUCGUGGCGCGGGCCAAAGUCGUCGUCGUAAUCAAGACUCUUUUCGGGUUCGAGGUCGGCCAUGUGUGUGUACGAAUAAUUCGCUGUAUAACUCAUCCGUCAUAUAUGUGU